UGUGAUUUUGAAACGUUUCCUCUCCAGAAUGUUGUGGAAAAGUGAAAACAGCCAGGUCAGUCUGAAACAAGUAACUUAGCUAGUCAGACAGCCUGUAGCUUGGACUUACUUUUCUCUAAAGUGCGAUAUUUAGCAUUGCGAUGUCUGGUCACGGCCAUGGUCAUGGUGGGCACAGCCAUCGCUGCUGUGAAGACGAGCACGAGCCAGCGGAACGAGGCCUGGAGUAUGCACUGUAUCAGCGCAUUGACAUCGAGAAACUGCAAUGUCUCAACGAAACAAGAGAAGGCGAUGGGAAACUCGUGUUUAAACCAUGGGAUCAACGGACAGACAGGGAGAAGUUUGUUGAGAGUGAUGCUGAUGAAGAGCUCCUGUUCAACAUCCCGUUCACCGGAAGUGUCAAGCUGAAAGGGAUAAUCAUAGCCGGUGAAGACGAUGAAUCGCAUCCUGCUGAAAUGAGACUGUACAAGAACAUACCCCACAUGUCCUUUGAUGACACAGGCAGAGAACCUGAGCAAGCCUUCCGUCUCAAUAGAGAUCCACUGGCUCAGCUGGAAUACCCAACUAAGAUUGCCCGUUUCUCCAACGUUAAUCACUUGUCCAUUCACAUAUCACGGAACUUUGGGACAGAGUCCACACGGGUCUACUACAUUGGGCUGAGAGGGGAGUACUCCCAGGCUCACAGACAUGAAGUAACCAUCUGCAACUACGAGGCGUCCGCUAACCCUGCAGACCAUAAAGUCGACAGCAUCAUCCCACAAACAAAUUUCAUCUCCUGAGAAAAAGGAGGGGUGGGACAGAUAUGGGUCAAAAGGAAGUGGUGAUGGAUACUCAGUUGUUACACUUAUUGUACCACAAAGAGUGGAGGCUGAAAGAAGUGAGUAAGUUUUCAUUUGGUAAAUGAAUACAUUUAAUAUCACUCACUGGUAACCCUGUGAAAAAGCAUCAAAGUGCUUUUAUCUCAAAUAUAUCUGGACACUGUGCCACCUAGUGGUUUGUUGUAAUAUUACAACUUGUCUCAGCAAAACUGGAAUGACUCCAAUAUCACCUGCAGUGGGAGAUCACUCACAUUCUUUCUCAUCCAAGCUCUGAAUGCAUAGCAAUAAUGUGACGAUGUAGACAUUUUGACACAACAAAAGUAGAUCAGCAUAAUGUUUUCAUUUGAAUGGAUUAGAUUUGAGUUGCUUACUAUACCACACUGCUUCCUUUGACACCCACGAAACACAAAAGCUGUUUAACUCAUGAUUUCAUUGCAUUAUUAAUGAGGCGAUCGGUCUGUGGCAGCCAGUGGCUGAAUGUGAUUGCUUUGUUGGAGUUGGGAAUUUGAGGAAAAUGCUGUAUGCCUAGUCUGAGAAAUAGAAAAUGCCCUAUGCUGUUGUGUGUGUGAUGUAAUUAUUUGAAGAAUAAAGAUAUGUUACAUAAGAUAA